AUGUCGUCGGCGGUGGAGGCCAUUUCCUGCUCCAAGGUCGACGUCCCCGCCGGCCCGGAGCCGGAGGCGGCGGCCAAGAAAGCAGCGGCGCCCGCGGUGCACGGCGGCGACGCGGCGCCCAAGCCCAACGGCAAGUGCGGCGAGGCGACGCCGCGUUGCCACGAGGAGGAGGAGGAGGAUGAGGAGGACGAGGAGAAGGCCCCCAAGGUCAUCGACCUCAGCCCCAGGGUCAGCAUCAAGGAGCAGCUCGAGAAGGACAAGGACGACGAGAGCCUGCGGCGAUGGAAGGAGCAGCUCCUCGGCAGCGUGGACUUCAACUCCGUGGGAGAGACGCUGGAGCCGGACGUGAAGAUGAUGAGCCUGUCGAUCCUGUCGCCGGGGCAGCCCGACAUCUUCCUGCCGCUGCCGGUGGAGCCCAACGCCAAGGGCGUGUGGUUCACACUCAAGGAAGGCUCCCCGUACCGGCUCAAGUUCACCUUCUCCGUCAGCAACAACAUCGUCUCCGGCCUCCGCUACAUCAACACCGUCUGGAAGACUGGCCUCAAAGUUGACAGAGCCAAGGAGAUGCUCGGCACGUUCAGCCCCCAGCUGGAGCCCUACACGUACGUGACGGCAGAGGACACCACCCCGUCAGGAAUGUUUGCCCGGGGGUUCUACUCUGCCAGAACCAAGUUCCUCGACGACGACCGGAAGUGCUACCUGGAGAUCAACUACACCUUCGACAUCCGCCGGGACUGGCCGUCGACGAGCUGA